AUGCGUCGUCGACAAGCUAAAGAUCCAACUUCUAUUGAUGAUCAACGAAUAUGUACGAAAGAAAAUUGUUUAAGAUGUUGUAAAAAAUUUACAGCAUUUAUGUUUUCACGUGUUGGUUUAUUUUUUGUUAUGAUUGGUUAUGUUGCACUUGGUGGUGUGGUAUUUCAAGCACUUGAAGCUGGAAAUGAACAUGAUAUGCGUCAUAUAAUGGAUGUUGAACUUAAUAAUACACUUAAUAAAUUAUGGGGUGAAAUUUUAAGUGUUAAUUCAUUUCCAGAACCAUAUAAAAAAAGAAAUUUUAGUUUAAAUGCAACACGUGAACUUGAAAAAUUUGAAGAAACAGUUAUUCGACAAGUAGAAAAAGGUUUUGAUGGACGUACAACUAAUUCUGAACAUGAUUGGAAUUUUUUUGGUGCUGUUCUUUAUGCUGUUACACUUGUUUCAACAAUUGGUUAUGGUCAUAUAACAACAAAAACAAAUCAAGGAAAAAUAGCUACGGUUCUUUAUAGUGCAUUUGGUGUACCAUUAAUGAUGCUUUUCGUUGCUAAUAUUGGUUCAACAAUGGCAAAAAUGUUUGCAUUUGUAUUUAGUCGUAUAACAAUGAUAUUUUGUUGUCGUAUGAGUAAUAAAAAAAAACGAGCAUUAGCAUUAAAAAAUCGACAAAAAUUAAUGGAAAAAACUAAUCAAUCUGUUGUUGUUAUUGAUGAAAAAUUACCAACAUCAAAAUUAAAUGAAGAAAUAAAAGAUAAUGUUAUAAUAACAAAAUCAAAUUUAAAAUCAAUUAAAGAAGAAAAUAUUAAAGAUUCAAAUUUAUCUAAACAAAUUAAUUCUUCUCUAUCUCAAUCAAUAACAAAUUCAACAACAGAUAUGAAUUUUUCAAAUGAUUUACGACAAUUACCAGCUGAUAUACGUUUAAAUAUUCUUACAGGAAUUCCAAUUUCAAAUACAUCACGUUCUUUAACAUCAUCAACAAAUUCUAUUGGAGAUAAAUCAAAAGAUGCUAUUGUUCGUAUUAAUGAACUUAUACGACAAAGUUCUGUUCAAGAUAUUGAAGAAACUAAUAAUAAUGAAAGAGAACAACAACAACAACAACGACGACAAUCUAUUGAUAUGAGUCCAAUUCAAUAUUAUAUUAAUG